AUGGUCAUCGUUGGUCUUUCCGUAGUUGUAACAGUGCUAGUGCUACAAUUUCACCAUCAUGAUCCACAGGCAGGAAAAAUGCCAAGAUGGGUACGGGUUAUCCUGCUCAACUGGUGUGCAUGGUUUUUAAGGAUGAGAAAACCUGGAGAGAACAGGAGGCCUAUCCCCUGCAGAUAUAUGUACCCCAAUCACCACCAUUCCAGCAUUAGCAGCAUUGAAAUGAAUAUUGCACCAGCACACCAAUCCACCAAUGGCAACCUCUACUGUGGCUACCACUCCCUGGAAAGUCCUUGUUGUCCACCAAACAGUGACUCUGGAGUUAUGUGUGGAAGAGUGACAUGUCCUUCCCUGGAGGACAGUGACCUUGUUCAAAAGAAAUGUUUGCGAGAAAGCAUGCCAGAGAUUGUUAAGAUAUUAGAAGAAGUCCAGUAUAUUGCCAGGCGUUUCAGAGACCAGGAUGAGGGCGAAGAGAUCUGCAGUGAAUGGAAGUUUGCUGCUGCAGUUAUCGACCGCUUGUGUCUUGUUGCUUUCUCACUUUUCGCUAUUAUCUGUACAAUUACCAUCUUGAUGUCAGCACCGAACUUUGUAGAAGCAGUUUCCAAAGACUUCACAUGA